CUGAACAUCCACAUCUCCUGGUCACUUCCCCAUGCUUUUCUCCGCAAUCUUCAGACCGAACCGCUUUUAACUGACACUCCACGCGCACCACUGGCACCGGAAUUGGCAUGUUUGUGGCACCGCGCUGGCUGUGGCCAGUGGCUCCACUUCUGGUGCUGGCACAGCAGCCUGGGAGUUUGACACCCGAGAAAGGCCCCACGAUCUCAGUGAAGGAAUGCAGCAAAGCUGGAUGCACCCAGAAGGACUUGCAUGUGACGAUGGAUGCCAACUGGCGCUGGAUUCACACCGAGGAGGGCUACCAGAACUGCUACAGUGGUGACUCCUGGGACACCACUGUUUGCACCGACCCAGAGGUUUGUGCCAAGAGCUGUGCCGUGGAGGGCUUGGAUACAUCCAAGUACGAGACCACCUACGGCGUGACGCAGAUUGAUGGUGGAGUCAAACUGGGCUUCGUCACCGGGUCCAACGUGGGCUCCAGGCUCUACCUGCUAGAGGAUGAGAACUACAAGAUGUUUAAGCUGAAGAACCGUGAGUUCGCUGUGGACGUGGAUGCCUCGCAAGUGCAGUGCGGCAUGAAUGGGGCCAUGUACUUCGUGGAGAUGGAUGCAGCCGGUGGCAAAGGCCUGGGGUCCAACAAGGCCGGUGCAAUGUAUGGUACAGGCUACUGUGAUGCCCAGUGCCCUCGGGAUGUGAAGUUCAUGUCGGGAAAGGCGAACCUCGACCGGAGCCAUGGCUCCUGUUGCGCAGAGAUGGACAUUUGGGAGGCCAACAACAAAGCCACCUCGUAUACAGCGCACCCAUGCAAGAUCGAUACUGCAGGUCCCUAUAUUUGUGAAGGAGUGGAUUGUGCCGACAGCGGCAGCGGCAAUGAGUUGAAAGGACUUUGCGACAAGGCCGGGUGUGACAUCAACCCCUUCCGCGAUGGGGACACAGACUUUUGGGGCGAAGGAGAGGGCUUUGUCCUGGAUUCCUCCAAGCCGGUCACCGUGGUGACACAGUUCGUGACCGACGACGGCACCGACGCCGGCGACUUGGUGGAGAUCCGGCGCUUCUACCUGCAAGAUGGCAAAGUCAUUGAAAGUCCUUCCAUCGACAUUGCUCCUGGCAGCCCUGCGUCCAUGACCGACCAAAUGUGCGAUGAAGUCAAGAAGGUCUUUGAGAACCCGAAUGACUUCAAAGCUAAGGGAGGGCUGAAGGCCAUGGGAGAAUCCUUGGGUCGUGGACACGUCGCCACAUUCUCUCUCUGGGAUGAUGUGAGUGUUCGAAUGAUGUGGCUGGAUUCCUGCUUCCCAACGGACCUGGACUGUUCGGCGCCCGGUGUGCAUCGUGGUCCCUGCGCGGGCGGAGAUCAGAGCGCUCCCGACUUCGUCCGAAGCCACUAUGGCACAGGCUGGGUCUCCUAUGCCAACGUGGCCUUCGGUGAGAUUGGCACCACACAGCAGCAGUACCCAGGCUCACCACCUGCUCCGGCGCCCACCCCGCAGCCGCAGCCUCCAGCUCCAACGCCACCUCCAGCUCCCACACCUACACCAGCUCCAACGCCUGCUCCCACACCUACACCAGCUCCAAAGCCUGCUCCCAGACCUGUUCCAACACCAUCAACGAGUUGUGCCUCAGAAUGGCAACAGUGUGGUGGCCUUGAUUUUGAGGGGCCAACCUGCUGCAGUGAUGGACUUGCAUGCAUCAUAAGCAACGAGUAUUACUCCCAAUGUCGCCCUGCAGAUCACUCGAAGAAUGCUGGCCAAGUAGCUAACAAGCAUACAGAUCACUCGAAGAGUGUUGGCCAAAAAUCUCACAAGCAGAAGUUCUUGGGAGUCGUUGACAUUUCGUUAGACGACGACGGGAGCUUGUUGCAACUGCCUGAGACGUGCGCAUCGGACUGAUGCGAUGUCCAUCGAUUUUCAUCGUUUUUUCUUAGUGCUGCCUGGCUGCGCCGAAUGGGCUGCGCCGGGGGUUCCUGAAAAUGGCUUGAAGGAAAAAAGACCGUAUGGAUCCGUAUGGUGGGAGAUGGGAUGGUUUAACCCCGUGGAGGACCGAAACUUUCGGCCCAUGCGAUGUCC